AAGAAGACAUUGCCGCCACCGAAGGCGGAGGAGGGGGAGGACCGCCAAGAGCGACGCCGCCGUGUGCCCAACGGUCGGUGUCCCCGGCUGAGGCAGCGCGGCCGCAGCAGCCCUGUGCUUUUGUGCUACCAAGGCAUAGUUGAGUAGCUGCAGCAGAGAUGAUAUGGCCUGCAAAGCCUAAAAUGUUGACUCCUACACUAGGGGUAUGAUUUAUCCCAACAGUAAGAAUGGAUUCAAAGAGCUAAGAGACCUCUCAAAAUUAUCCAGAGGUUCUUUAACUUACGUGACCUCAUCUAUUUGGACCACUGAUAAAAACCUGAAAGUAAGCAAAAAAGGUUUGAUCUGUGGAUGAAAUGAAUCAUGAUUUUCAAGCUCUUGCAUUAGAAUCUCGGGGAAUGGGAGAGCUUUUGCCUACCAAAAAGUUUUGGGAACCUGAUGAUUCAACAAAAGAUGGACAAAAAGGCAUAUUUCUUGGGGAUGAUGAAUGGAGAGAGACUGCAUGGGGAACUUCUCACCAUUCAAUGUCCCAGCCUAUUAUGGUACAGAGAAGAUCUGGACAGGGUUUUCAUGGAAACAGUGAAGUAAAUGCAAUACUGUCUCCGCGAUCAGAAAGUGGAGGCCUUGGUGUGAGCAUGGUAGAAUAUGUAUUAAGUUCUUCUCCUGCUGAUAAAUUGGAUUCUCGAUUUAGGAAGGGAAAUUUUGGCACUAGAGAUGCUGAAACAGAUGGACCUGAGAAAGGAGAUCAAAAAGGCAAGGCUUCUCCAUUUGAGGAGGACCAAAACAGAGAUCUUAAACAAGGAGAUGAUGAUGAUUCUAAAAUAAAUGGCAGAGGUUUGCCAAAUGGAAUGGAUGCCGAUUGCAAAGAUUUUAAUCGUACUCCUGGAAGUCGUCAAGCCUCUCCAACUGAAGUAGUUGAGCGCUUGGGCCCCAAUACUAAUCCCUCAGAAGGACUGGGGCCUCUUCCUAAUCCUACAGCUAAUAAACCACUUGUUGAAGAAUUUUCAAAUCCUGAAACUCAGAAUCUGGAUGCCAUGGAACAAGUUGGUCUGGAAUCCUUACAGUUUGACUAUCCUGGUAAUCAGGUACCAAUGGACUCUUCAGGAGCUACUGUAGGCCUUUUUGACUACAAUUCCCAGCAACAGCUCUUUCAGAGGACUAAUGCACUAACAGUUCAGCAGUUAACUGCAGCUCAACAGCAGCAAUAUGCAUUAGCAGCAGCUCAGCAGCCACAUAUAGCUGGUGUAUUCUCAGCAGGCCUUGCUCCAGCUGCAUUUGUGCCAAAUCCAUACAUUAUUAGUGCUGCUCCUCCAGGGACCGAUCCAUAUACUGCAGCAGGAUUGGCUGCAGCAGCUACAUUAGCAGGUCCAGCAGUUGUUCCACCUCAGUAUUAUGGCGUUCCGUGGGGGGUGUAUCCAGCCAACUUAUUUCAGCAGCAAGCUGCAGCUGCGGCAAAUAACACAGCCAAUCAGCAAGCAGCAUCACAAGCUCAGCCUGGACAGCAACAGGUUCUCCGUGCUGGAGCAGGUCAGCGUCCUCUUACUCCCAAUCAGGGUCAGCAAGGGCAGCAAGCAGAAUCACUUGCGGCAGCUGCAGCAGCAAAUCCAACAUUGGCUUUUGGUCAGGGUCUUGCUACUGGCAUGCCAGGCUAUCAAGUACUAGCUCCAACUGCCUAUUAUGAUCAGACUGGUGCCUUAGUGGUUGGCCCUGGAGCAAGGACUGGCCUUGGAGCUCCAGUUCGGUUAAUGGCUCCAACACCUGUUUUAAUUAGUUCAGCAGCAGCACAAGCUGCAGCAGCAGCAGCAGCUGGAGGAACUGCAAGUAGCCUUACAGGCAGCACAAAUGGUCUGUUUCGGCCAAUUGGCACUCAGCCACCACAGCAGCAGCAGCAACAGCAGCCAAGCACUAAUCUGCAAUCUAAUUCAUUUUAUGGAAGCAGUUCUUUGACUAAUAGCUCCCAGAGUAGUUCUUUAUUUUCUCAUGGACCUGGUCAACCUGGAAGUACAUCUCUUAGCUUUGGAAGUGGUAACUCUUUGGGUGCUGCUAUAGGCUCAGCCCUCAGUGGAUUUGGUUCAUCAGUUGGCAGUUCUGCAAGUAGUAGUGCCACAAGGAGAGAGUCUCUAUCUACUAGCUCUGACUUGUACAAAAGAUCUAGUAGCAGCCUAGCACCCAUAGGGCAACCAUUUUACAAUAGUCUGGGAUUUUCCUCCUCUCCAAGUCCAAUAGGCAUGCCUCUGCCAAGCCAAACUCCAGGACAUUCACUUACGCCACCGCCAUCACUUUCAUCACAUGGAUCCUCAUCCAGUUUGCAUUUAGGAGGACUGACAAAUGGUAGUGGUCGAUAUAUCUCUGCAGCACCUGGAGCAGAAGCAAAAUAUCGAAGUGCUUCAAGCACUUCCAGUCUAUUUAGCUCCAGCAGCCAGCUCUUUCCUCCUUCCCGGCUUCGGUAUAAUAGGUCUGAUAUUAUGCCUUCUGGCCGCAGUAGAUUAUUGGAAGAUUUCAGAAACAACCGCUUCCCAAACCUUCAACUUAGAGACUUGAUUGGACAUAUAGUUGAGUUUUCUCAAGACCAGCAUGGUUCUAGAUUCAUACAGCAAAAGCUAGAGAGAGCUACUCCAGCUGAGCGACAGAUGGUAUUUAAUGAAAUUCUGCAAGCAGCCUAUCAAUUAAUGACUGAUGUUUUUGGCAACUAUGUUAUACAGAAGUUUUUUGAGUUUGGGAGUCUGGAUCAAAAAUUAGCCCUGGCUACUCGUAUUCGUGGUCAUGUUCUACCCUUAGCCUUGCAGAUGUAUGGCUGCCGUGUUAUUCAGAAAGCAUUAGAAUCUAUUUCUUCUGACCAGCAGGUAAUUAGUGAAAUGGUAAAGGAGCUGGAUGGUCAUGUGCUCAAAUGUGUGAAAGAUCAGAAUGGAAACCAUGUUGUACAAAAAUGUAUCGAAUGUGUUCAGCCACAGUCACUGCAGUUCAUCAUUGAUGCUUUCAAGGGACAAGUAUUUGUGCUUUCAACUCAUCCUUAUGGCUGCAGAGUAAUUCAGCGCAUCCUAGAGCAUUGCACUGCAGAACAGACCUUACCUAUCUUAGAAGAACUCCACCAACAUACAGAGCAGUUGGUACAGGAUCAGUAUGGCAAUUACGUUAUUCAGCAUGUACUGGAACACGGUCGACCUGAAGACAAGAGCAAAAUUGUUUCCGAAAUCAGAGGAAAGGUUUUAGCCCUGAGUCAACACAAAUUUGCCAGCAAUGUAGUAGAAAAGUGCGUUACUCAUGCCUCCCGUGCUGAGAGAGCUUUACUGAUUGACGAGGUUUGCUGCCAGAACGAUGGUCCUCACAGUGCCUUAUACACCAUGAUGAAGGACCAGUAUGCGAAUUACGUGGUUCAAAAGAUGAUUGAUAUGGCUGAACCUGCUCAGAGAAAGAUAAUCAUGCACAAGAUUCGACCUCACAUUACUACUUUGCGCAAAUACACAUACGGGAAGCAUAUACUGGCCAAGUUGGAAAAGUAUUAUUUGAAGAAUAGCCCGGACCUAGGACCUAUUGGAGGACCACCAAAUGGAAUGCUGUAAAUUACAGGAGCAAGAGAAAGAAGAUAUUUUAACCAUGUGAAAAGAAUUUUUUUGUGUGUGAAUUAUCAAAACACAACUCAACUAUGAAUCUUCAAUUUUUUUUUUAAAGCAAAACUAUUUAUUGACUUUAUUCAUCCAUUUGUAAAUUUUUUAAGGUUCUUGUGUAUAUUUGGGGGGUGGGGGAUGAAUUAUAAAUUAUAUUCAGCCCUGAGUGGAGACCUAUCAGAUUGGAUUGCUGGCAAAGCACAGAAUGCCUGUAUAUGAUGUAACUGUAUCAAAAAUAAAAAGCUGUCACAUAUUUUGUAAAUUUUUACCUUGUAAAGUCACAAAAAUAGUUUUUAAAGGAAAAAGUACAGUAUUCUUUUAAUAAACUGGCUCACAGUCUGGUAGGUCUACAACCCCAUAGCACAACAGGUUUAUAGAGAUGUAUAUAGAAUUAUAGUCCUUAUUUUUUUCCUUUGCGUGAAACCUUUUAUAACAGAUUAACAAUCAACUGCAUAAAUAUUAUUAAUAUUUUAAAAAGAGUUAAGUUGUAUUUUGAUAAUUCACAAACUAUCAUGCAAAUAACGAGCAAGCAGACAAGAAUAAAGUGGUUUGAGAUGAAAAGAACCUAACAUUAUUUACAGUAGAUGUGGUUUUAAUACAAUUACUGCCCUAAAAUGUCUCUGGCAAUGUACAGAAAUAUUGUAUAUACUUACAUAUGUAAUUGUUGUAAGAGUUAAAUACAAAAUCAUGGUGACACUUCCAAUUAAGUGCACUAAAUGAAAAGUUAAGUCACUUAUUAACUUUUCAGUUUGGUUUGCAAUGAGAAAGAGUGGAAAUUUGUAUUUUGUUUUGCUUAUAGAAUUACAGACAUGUUGAGGAAGUGUUGAGCUUUAUUUUGCUUUUUCAUAGAGGCAGAAAGUAGGAACCAGAUAGAGAUGAAAAGGGGCCACUGAAAAGUGAAUUUGAUAGCUCAGCAUUUAAGCAUGAUUACAUAUUCAGAUAGCUCUUUUUGCUUUCUAUAAAUAUAUGCAUUGUGUGUGUAGUAAUAGAUGUAAGUUUACACUUUGAAAGGAAAUCUUGUUUCAAUGUUUAUUAUAAAAGCCUUGCUAAUUGAGUAGUGAUGCUUUCCUUGGUUGUACAGGUGUACAUUUGUAAACCUUCAUGCUGUAAAUGGAAUUUGUUUUAUCUCUUUGGGAUACAUUUGCAUUUUAGUGUACAUUUACGUCCCUGCCCUCUUUGACCUGGCAAUAUAGUGUUGUAUAAUGUAAAUUUAUUUCUCCAAAUCGAGAGUGAUUUUUUAAAAAUUUUUUAUCUUUAUAUGGUUUCAGAAGUAUGAACCAGCUUUCUUUUUAUUAUUGUGAGAUCAUUUUGUUUUAUAACAUAGUUGUUGACUGUUAAUAUGGACAUGCUAGAAUUUGGAUCACUUUCAAUUGAAGUCAGGGUAUUGUGCAUAAUAGAAAGUAUUGGACUGAGAUAUUUGGUUACCAUGGAGGCCAAUGCUUUUUUCAUCUUAUUAAAUGUGAUGUGACUUUUUUCUUUGUACAGAAGAGUACUGUAUUUUUGAAUAGCCUACUCCCAAGUAAGAGCAAAUCUGUAUGAUAACAUUUUUUCCUCUGGACAUAAGACAUAACAGUAACACGAUGUACAUUUACAAGCGGCCUUAUGUACAUUUCCCAACAAUCUUUUUAAGGCAAAAUUGUGACCAUAUGUGUAUAAUUAAAAUCGUUUUUAAUCCUUUGCCUAUGAAAAUAUUUUGGAAAAAAACUUGCUGUGUAUAUUCAGUUUCUGAAAGAUAAAGAAAGUGCUUUGUAUUUUGUUGAAGUCAGUAUUUUGUAUAAACAUUUAUGUUGACCCACUUAUGUUUAGUGCUGAAAACUAAAAUGAACAUGCUAUCUGUCAGCUGAAUAUGGAAGAGAUCUUUUUUUACUAGAGAUCUGCAGAAGAAAAGCAAGGGGAUCUAAAGGUUUUAUCACUAGUUGUUCAUAUUAUGAACCUAAAAAUAAUGGCAUAAAGUUUGGGGAUGCCAGGCAUACUUUUUCAUGUUUGGUGUUUAGUUAUUUUACUUUUCUAACCCAACAUUCCUUGGUGAGACCAUUAAAUCCAAACACUUGUCACCGUUCCUUCUCAUAGUCACACUGGGUCAUCAGCAUGUCCCAGUCACUGCAGCAACACCUUGUGUGUGUUUGUUUGUUUCAUUUUUUUUAAACCCACACAAAGCCGCUCUCUCACUUUUUCCUACUUUACCAACCUCAGUAUUUUGGCCCGUGUCGAACUUUUGUUCUCAGUAUCAGCCCGUGGUUUCAGGAUCAAAGCUGUCAUGUUGGAGAUGGGUAAUGGUUUUCCUGUCUUUGUACAGUUGAAUUCCUAGUUUUCCUUCAUCCUUGCCCUCUGUUGGCACAGGCAUUCUCUCUGCAGUUUUAGAAAAUGACAAGUAGAGAAUAUUACAUUGAGAAACUAAACCCUCUUCUUGGGGUUCUGGUAUUCCCAUUUGUCCUAGUGCUGACAACCCAAUCUUCCCAAUACUUUCAGGCCUGCUCUACAAAAAUACCUGUUCUUGUAGAAAUUUUACAGUCUGCUAUUUUGGGUGCCCACCCCAAUUUUUACCUUUUAGUAACUUGGCAUGAAAUUUUGGUAAAAUCUGAAAAUCACAUUUCAGAAUAAAACAAUUGGGCAAAACUACCUAGGCUUUACUCUUGAGUGUCUCCUUUUGAUAGGGAUUGUUUCUGGACCAGUUUGUCUAAGUCCUGGCUCUUAUUGGUUCAUAUGAAAUAAUGUUAACUUCACUUCUUUGUAUAUUAUGUAUAAAUUAGAAAAUGAAAAAUGUGUGAAUAACAUUGUAUGAAAUAAA